UUCUAUUUGUUUUGGUGUAGAGAGAGAGAGAGAGAGAGAGAGAGGUAGAGAAUGUGAAAGGAAAAAAGGAGUGAUCGAUCUGGAUUUGUUUGAGAAGAGAUAUAGAGAUAGAGAGAAACUGUGAAGACAGGAUAUCGGUUGAUAGACGGUAAUUUAGAAAGAAGAAGUCUGAGUCUGGGUUUGCUGCGGGGAAUUUGAAGUUUAGUGAUCGUGUUGGAAGGAGAAGAGUUAAUUGUCCAGUUCCGGAUUUGGACUCUAAUUGAAGGGGCGGGGAUUUGGACUGGAGACAAAGAAAAGAGCGUUACAUAUUAGCAUAUAGAGAACUUGGACAACAACUUCGACUUCAGCUGUUACUUGAUCUUCGGAACAGUGUGUUAUCAGAUUCUUGAACCGUUUCGGAUACAGGUGAGAGGUGAAAAAAAAAAGAGGAGAAAGUUGAUACAGGCAAGAAAAGAACUGCCCGGCCGGGCAAAGGAGGUUGUUGACAAGGAACUACUGCAGCAAGUGGAGAUCGAUAUAUGUAAUAUUUGGCUGACUGAUCGAGGAAAUCAAAGAAGCACCCAGUUUGGAGCUAAAACAAUCAAGGAAGGAGCUGAUUUGCUAAAGUCACACAAAACUUUGGCUGCGUUAGCUAAUUCAGCAUCUCCAAAAGUCUCGUCUCCUAAAUUACCCAAAGUUGUUCUAUUAUUCCCCUUCCUAGUUUCUGCAACCAGCUUUAUCUCUUUGGUGAUCUGUUCCCACUACCUUUCUUCUUCUGGGGUUCUUUCUCUAGUUUCUGCUCAGUUUCUGGUUGUUGCUUUCUUGCCUGUUCUAUUUCUUUUCAGUAAUUAUCAAUGGCCUCGAGCAGCCAAAGAGCCUCUGAAUCUUUUCCUUCAGCCAAGUCAACGGCUCUCAAGUGGAAGUAUGAUGUGUUUUUGAGUUUUAGGGGUGAAGACAUUCGGAACAAUUUUCUCUCUUAUUUAUACCAUGAAUUGCAAAUCAUCAGAAGGAUUAAUACAUUCAAGGAUGAUGAAGAGCUUGAAGUCGGGGAGCCUAUUUCUCCAAGUCUCCUAAAAGCAAUUGAUGAAUCGAGGUUUGCUAUUAUUGUUCUGUCGCCAAACUAUGCUUCUUCUCCAUGGUGUUUGGAGGAACUUACAAAAAUUAUUCAUUGCAUGGAAGACACCAGGAGAAUUCUGCCACUUUUUUAUCAUGUGGAACCAGCUGAUGUACGACAUCAAAAAAAUAGUUUUGAAGUAGCCUUCACUAAGCAUGAAGAAAAGUCAAGGCAUGACACAGAGAAGGUGAAGCAGUGGAGAGAUGCUUUAAAAAAAGUGGCUAAUUUAUCUGGAUGGCAUACGCAGAGAUAUCAGACAGAAAGAGAACUUGUUGAAGCCAUUGCAGAUUAUGUGUGCACUAAGGUACGACCAAUUGAAAUGGAGUUCUCAAAGUCCACUGGAGAUUUUGAAGCAUUUGAAGCAACAAGGCAAGCCAUGGAUGAGGUCUGGAAGGCACUAAAAGAUGAUAAGGUCACUGCCAUUGCGGUGUACGGAAUGGGAGGUGUUGGGAAGACAACUAUGGUAGAAUAUGUCGGUGUACAAGCUCAAAAUAGUGGGAUUUUCCAUCAUGUGAUUAUGGUUGUUAUAUCCCAAAGGCCCAACUUGAGAAAUAUCCAAGGCGCAUUGGCAGAUCUGCUGGGCCUUGAAUUGAAGGAGGAGACAGACAUUGGAAGAGCCAAUAGACUGAAGAAGGAGAUAAUGAGAAGAAAUAAGAUCCUUAUAAUCUUGGAUGACAUUUGGGAGAGAAUAGACUUGUCAAGCAUAGGGAUCCCCAGUUACGACAAGCUUCAGAAAUGCAAUUCAAAAGUCCUACUCACCACAAGGAGAUUGAAUGUUUGUCAUUCUAUGGAAACACAACCAAGCAUUCCUCUCAAUAUCUUAUCAGAAGAAGAUUCUUGGAACUUGUUUGUGAAGAAAGCAAGAAAGUCUAUCGAAAAAUCAACUGAAUUCUAUGAUGUAGCGAGGAAGGUAGCCAGCGAGUGUGCUGGUCUCCCUAUUGCACUGAGAGCAGUUGCGAGGGCACUUGGAGACAAAGAUUUUGAGGAAUGGAAAGAAGCAGCUCGAAAGCUGGAAAUGUCUCAACGUGCUAGCCUCGAUGAUGAUGGAGAUGUGUUUACAUGUAUAAAGUUAAGUUAUGAUUACUUGGACAGUAUUGAUGCCAAGUCAUGCUUCUUGCUGUGCUGCCUAUUCCCAGAAGAUGAUGAUAUCCUAUUAGAAGACUUGAUGAAGUAUGGGUUUGGAAAAGGACUGUUUCGAGAUGUCAACAGCACAAUAGAAGAUGCCAGAGUCAAAGCAAAUUUAGUGACUAAAUACCUUAAAGCUUCUUGUUUGCUUUUGGACGGUAAAGAGGAUGGAUGUGUAAGGAUGCAUGAUGUCAUUCGAGAUAUGGCCAUGUCAAUUGCAUUAUCUGAAGAUGGCUAUGGGUUUUUGGUAAAAACUCGUUGUGAAUUGAAAGAAUGGCCAAUGGAUGCACAUGAGGGAUACUCGGCAAUCUCAUUAAUGGAGAACAACAUUUCCAAGCUGCCUAAUGAGUUGGUAUGUUCAAAACUCCAAAUUUUAUUGUUACAGAGAAACAUUGGUUUGAAAAAUAUCCCAGACACUUUUUUUCAGAGUCCCAAGGAAUUAAAAGUCUUAGAUCUUAGCCGCACCAAUAUUUUGUUAAGAUCCCCAUCAUUCAAUCUCAUAACCAACCUCCAAGCUCUGUACUUAGAUUAUUGUGAGUCAAUGAUUGACAUAUCCAUGCUUAAAAGCCUGAAAAAACUUGAGAUUCUUAGUAUAAGAGGAUGUGAUAUUAAGGAAUUUCCAAGAGAAAUAGGACAACUGACCAAUUUGAGGAUGUUGGACCUCACUAAUAUUGGAGACAUUGAUACAGUUCCAUCUCAAGUGAUUUCGAGGUUGCACAGAUUAGAAGAACUGUACAUGAAGUGUAAAUUUGGGGAUUGGGGCAGUAAAGUUGAGGGAGGCUUAUAUUCUUUCUUUUUUGGUAAAAAUGCUGGCUUUGAAGAGUUAACUGACUUGUCGCAUCUAAACAUUUUGGAGGUGUCCAUAUUUGGUCCAGAGUGCUUGCCUAAAACCGUUGAGUUCGAUCCAAAUUGGGUAAGCUUCGAUAUAUGUAUCAACAAAAACUCGUUUAGGGGAAUAUCCUCUCUGCAACGUGACCAUUCGCAUCAUCAUUCAAGAACUCUGAGCCUUGACACAACCAUCAAUACAUUACCGGAUUGGUUUAUCAACGUAGUGACAAAGAAAGCAGAGACGCUAUUUUAUUUCGAGUGCAAGGGCUUAAAUAGCAUUGUUGUAGAACAUGACCAUGGAAGACUACACAGACUGAAGCGGCUCGCUGUACAUUCCAAUGACAACUUGAAAGAGUUGUUGAACCUAACUACACGGGUCUCAAAUGAACCUGUGUUUGAGAAUUUGGAAGAAUUGCAUCUCAAGGACAUGGGUUGCCUGAAGAAGUUAUGUGUUGGUGAAUUACCACUUGGGUCUCUACGGAAGCUGAAGGUAUUGGACAUCAGACAGUGUCGUGACUUGGUCGAUGAACUUUUACCAUCAAAUUUACUGCGAAUACUGCAAAAUAUGGAACAAAUAAUUUGUCAUGAUUUGAGGCAAAUGAAAUAUGUGUUUGGAUUUGAAGGGCUGAAGCCAGAACAGAUUAUCUUGACGAAAUUGAGAAAGAUGAGAUUGUACAAUCAACAUAAGGUGUUACGCAUAUGGAAAGGUCCUGCUCCACAUGCAGUCUUCCAUAAUCUUCGAAGUUUGACAGUUGACUACUACACUAAACUGAAAUACCUCUUCACAUCCAAUGUUGCUCAAUGUCUUUUGCAUUUGGAAGACCUGUGGCUACAAAGUUGCAGUAGCUUAGACAGAAUUGUUGAAGCAAGUGAUGAGGAAAUGAUCGUCUUUCCAGAAUUGAAGAACUUUAUUUUGAAACAUCUUCCACAGCUGAAAAGUUUUUGCAGUCCUAUUUCAGUAGAUAUUGAAUUCCCUUCAUUGGAACACUUGUAUGUGCGUGACUGCCCCCAGUUGAUAAUCUGUGCUUUUGACUUCAAAAGCAGGAACCAUGUAAAACUGAAUGAUGAACAACAUAUGUCGUCUCUGUGCAGAAGGUUGUGGGAUUUAGAAUGACGCGCAGGGAAGAGACAAUAGAAAGUGAUCUAAUCCAGAAGAAGAUUACUGUGCAGUUACCAAUAUGGAUGCUGCUGCUGCAGUGCUGUUUUCCCCCUCUAUGCAUGCUGCCUGGACUGGCUGAUCAGCGGGUUUUACAGUUAAAUGUCGAUGGAGCUGGUGGUUUACCUCCGUGACUAGGGGUGUAGCCAUUUUGGUGAGCCUAUAGCAGCAAUAUCAUUACCUCUUACAGGGUACCGUCCAACUGCUACAAACUUACAAUUCAGUAUUCACUAAAGAUUGUGCCAUUGUGGUGUGGCUCAAGCUGUAAUAUCCGCAAAGGGUGUAUUUGGUGAAACACUGAAACUCAAAACUCCAGCGGUCCAGCUUUGGUCGUGAGGGGUUUAUUAUUAUUAUUAUUAAUUCUUUUAGCUGGAAGAUA